UCAAAAAAUAUUUCCUUAUCGCUAACACAUGCAAUACACUUGAUGUAAUAGUAUAGAGUGAAACCGCACAUAGGUCGGAAUGGACUGUUUAAAUUUCAUGUUAUAUUUUCUUCUUGGAGAGAUGCUGCAAAUUUCCUGCUGUUCACAUUCGAAAUAUUACGUCUUGCCGAUGAACUUUACCGCUGAAGAGUUCCAAUCGGGCAAAAUUUACUGCAAGCUAGGCGAACCCCUUUACUCAGACUCACCUGAAACGGGCAAUAUGUAUAACUACGCUGUUACGGAUACUGACCUGAUUCGUGUCAUCAAUGAUUUACAACGUGAAGCACACAGCGAUCUACUGUGGACUGGCUACCGAAAUAUUUCCAAUACUGAUCAUACACUAUAUGCUGGCAUUCUCCAAGUCGACAGCGAUCAACGCCCUGUGAUUGCUUUUAUACCAACUGAUGCAGCAGCAAACAAAAGCUUUCCAGCCCUUUGUCAACGAGAUUCAACUGAGCUGGAGCAAGUUACAACAAAAAUGUUGCUUAUCAUUUACGCAAUAUCCUCCGGCUCGGGACUGAUCAUUGUUAUAUUGGUCGUAACAAUUAUCAUCUUAAAAUGGAAAAGUAAUCCAUCUGUGACAAAAGAGGGUCCUCUAGUCGUCUCGAACGCAACAUACCAAGACGAAGAAGCAACUACUUCAAACACUCGUGGCGAAGAGACACAAACCAACGGUCCUCCAAUGAAUAAGGCUAAUGUUUAUGAGCUUAUAAGAGUUACCGAGGUCGUUAAUCUAGGAACACACGCACCUAAUAAUGAAUAUGAUCAAAUCACGAGUGGAAUCCUAAGCAACACGACACAAUCUUCUGAUCAGUGGUCUAACAGCCAGCAUGAAAGUAACGUUGCAGAACAAAACCGUGAAUGCAAUGAAACUAAAAUGAAUGUUGAGAACUCAGAUGGCCAAAUGUGUACGGCUACACCUCUUGUUAGUUGCCAAGACUCAAUGAACACCGCUGAUAAACAUGAAUACUAUAUAUUGGAGAAACACGCGGAAGAAACAACAGACGAUCGUUGACACUUUUUCGCCUGACAGUACAUUAUUAGCAUUCGUGUAUUUAUAUAAGACAAAAGACUGCUGACAAAACAUCAGAUCGCAGAUUUUCAUAUUUCCGUUUCAAA